AUGGAGAAUCUGAGAAAUGGCGAAGAAAACGAUUCUUAUUGGAUCCCGUCUAUGUUCUUUGAUCGAUCUUCAGUAACGAUUCCCCUCUUGAAGUGUUUCGGUCUCGAAAGCUCUUCUUCUUCAUCACCCACUUCAUCAUCAUCAUCAUCAUCUUGUGGUUCUCUUUUGUCAUCUCACAGCGAGGAAGAAGACAGUAUGGAGAUCAUAAAGGAGGAGGAAGAUAAUACAACCGUUGAAAUCACAGAGCGGCGGUUGCAGAAGAGCAAACCAAAGCCUAAUACAAGCUCAGGAAAAGGAGGCAAAGUCAAUUAG